AGGAUAGUCAUUUGGUACAUCACUAACUACGGUUUUACGUUUGUUUCGAAAGAUAAAUAUUAAAAAAAAGUUAAGGUACACAAACAAAUUUAAAAGAAAUAUCUAUCAUUCAGUAUUAUUAUAAACUUGAUCGCUCUAAUGAUGAACGCAGUACAUUUUUUGAUUGGUUUAAUACUUGCCUUGUGUCUUCAUGAAUGUACAGCAAUAUGGUGCUAUCAGUGUAAUUCUGCAAUACCUGGCUGCAUGGAGCCUUUCAAUUGGAAGGGAAUUGGUUACCUUGGUAACCCAUGUCCAGAUAGUGAAGAUAUUUGUGUAAAACUUAUAGAAAGGAAAGGAGCUCAAAAAACAAUAACACGAGACUGUUUAAGCAACUUCAGAGCAUUCCGAACAGACAUCCCUGCUGAUACAUAUGAAGGCUGUCGAGCAGCAGCAAAAGAUGUUAACCUAGCAAACUAUGUUAAUAACACUAUAAAAGAACUGGAUAUUAAAAGAGAUUGGUAUGAUGAAACAACCUGGUGCUUCUGUUUCCUGGACCAUAGAUGCAAUAGUGCUACAAUGUCGAGUUCAAGCAUUUUAACAAUAUUUAUUUAUUUGCUAUACAAAGCAUUGUUCUGACCUAGCCAUGCAGAACAGCCUAUAGGCUAGACAAUAUUGUGCAGUGAUGCACAUAUGUGAACAUUGUUCACAGUGAAUCUGAUUCAAUUUAAUAUGUAACAAUGCAUAGGUUCUUAACCCAACAAUCAAGUAAUCAAUGUUUAUUGCACAUUUUUUACCAAACUUAUGCCAUAUUUUUAAUUCUUGAUUUUUAUUAAAUGUCCAUUUAUAUGACAAAUUACGAGGACUAAUCCUCCAAAUCCAAGAUCUCCAAACCUCAGAUACAAGCAAAAUGUAUUUAGUAAAUAUUUUUUACAAGAAUUUAUUUUUAUGUAAAAUAUGCUUAAAAAUAAUUAUGAAACCCUUUUAGAUAGGCAUCUAUAAAUGUGUUGUGUUAGACAUAUUCAUCCCAUUCUAAUGAUUAUAUCUCAUACAGCCUGCUCUAUUUGCUAUUAUUAUUUCUGGUUCAGUUCUAAGCAGAAAUCAAUGUUGGGCCAGUUGAUUGUAAGGACCCUAAAUCGUUAUAACAUGCCCAAUUCAUUUCAUUUUAUAUGUUAUAAAUCACAUUUAAUUUGGAGGUAUAAUAUACUUUUAAUAAACUAAUAAACAAUUUAACGUAAAUAAUUAUAAGCAAUUGACUCCGUCCAAUCUGUGUCCUUUUUGUACAAACAUUAAUAUAGAAAAUAAAUAUUGAUUUUAAAUAA